AUGCUGUACAAUUCUGUGAUCCACAACACCAAAAGUUGGACUCAUACGUUUAGACGUGCCAAAUGUUUCCGGGCUGGUGUACUUUCUGUUCUGCCCUCCUCGAAUAUGAAAAAGGUCAUCGAGAUCUGGGAGGGAGAAUCGCAUUACUUGGUUGUGAACUCUGAUCUAUAUGCCAUCUACAACCAAUUCAAAGAGCUCAUGUUCGCCUUUUCUUCUCAUCGCUUACCGAUGGUCUGGUCUCUUACUAGGAACGAUAUGCUUUUUAAUCGUUCAAAAGAAAUUACACAAACGAUGAGAAACACAUUGCAUUCUGUGGCCCCUAGCUAUGACCCCAAGACAUAUACUCCGGUCCAGGUUUUGCAGCUGUUGGCGCCUGCCGCGGAAUUAGUGGAGAUUAGGGAUGAUAUCGCGAGAAUGUUUAGGGUGGCCAUCAUAACUGCACUGGUUGACUUGUCUUUAUUGAGUAUUCUUUACGCUCCAUUGAUCUAUGCUACCCUAAAAGUGUUACGAAAACGAAGCAGAGAGCUUCGUUUUACUUUUGCGACUGCUACAGCUGAUAAAGCCGAUCAAUUUGCCCACAUCAAAGCCCGCCUUGAGGAAGAGCAUAGUACGAUUGUACAUCAUGCUUGGUCGGCUUAUAUCACCACUGUUAGCUUUAUACCGGUCUUGGCCUGGCUGGUGGGUAUUCUAGUGACGUAUGAACUUAUAAAUUUAUCAAACUGA